AGAGGGGCUGAGUGCUGCCUGGUUCUGGAUCCCACUGGGCGCAGCUCAGAACUUGAAGAGCGAGGAAGAACAAUGCCAGGAGGUCUGGAGAAAGCCUGUCAUGAAUGCAUUUCCAAAAUCGCCAGCAAUGGUGUCUCUCCUGUUGUACGACUCCACCAGGAUGAGGCGACUGCUGUCCAAGGCCGUGGUGACCGAUGACGAUGACGACGACGAGUACCCCUGGAGGCAGAAUGCCAGAUACUACAUUCACCUCCUGCUGAGCCUCUUCCUCUUCCUCUGGUUCAUCCUGGGAAACUACUGGGUCUUUUCUGUAUACCUGCCUGAUUUUCUUCCCCCUUUCCAGCAGCCUCAGGACUACUGUGACAAAACCCUGUACCUGUUUGCAGUUGGGGUCCUGGCGCUCAGUCACACAGUGCUGGUCUUGCUCGUGCUGUGCAGCGGCUGUGUCUACCUGUGCUCCAGGUGGAGACUUGCUGCUGCUGAAGACUGACAGCAUACCACGUGUGCACAUGUGCACGUACACACACACAGAGGUUCAGGAGAAGGGCAUAAAGAUUAGAAAAUCUUUCCUGCAGGCAUUUAAAAAGCCACCCAAAUACACUGAAUAAUGAGAGCAGACUAAACAAACCAUUACCUGCCUGGACAUGAGGAAAGCACUUUUGCUCUUUUCAGAGUGAGAAUUUUGUCCUCACAAGAGUUUUCACAGGGAUAAUUGUCUUUGAGGAAAUGAAGUGUGGGAGCCAAAGAAUGGGAGACCUUUUCAAAUCGUAGUGCAGUUUCAAUGACUGGUACAAGAGCAAUGUUGGUUGUUGCCACUGCUGCUGUCAUUCAGUCAUGGUCACCUUGACUUUCAAACCAGAUAGAUCUAACUUCACUCCCUAUGAUGGCUUUUGUUAUUAAAAGGAGAAAGAUAUUCUUUUAGUGACUCUAGCUGCCUUUCGAGAAAGUGAAGGAGCAGUCUCUUCCAGCCCAAUAUCAGAUGGUUUUGAUGUGAUGAGUGGAACAUUCCAAGGUCAGCUAAAAAAAAUCUGCCAAGGUCAAGGCAGUAGCUUCCACCUAGGGGGUAGGGCUGGCCUGCUAGCCUGGCAUUGCAGAGUGCAGCGCCAUGUGCACCCAGUGCCGCUGCUGCAGAUUCUUCACUUGGCCGUGAGUCUGUCUCUGCCCCUGGCUAUCCAUGUACCUGUCUGUGAUCUGCAGCUGCCUGGGUGGCCAGGUUGCAUGAGUUGGGGUGCCAUCAGUGUAGCUGUUUUUGGUUUCUGAGCUUAAAUGUCAAAUAAUGGCUCCUCAACCUAAUGACCCGUUAGGCUUUGGAAGCCUUUUAUAAAUCAAGAUGUCUGGAAGUCCGGAAUGACACCGCACAGUGACCACUAACCUUCCCUCCAGCUGCCGCUGUUGAGAAGUCUCUGGGAGCUGUGGUCCAGGUCCAUUGUCAGUGCUUGCUGGGGAGCCUCUUUAUGACUGAAGUCCGCAUGCUUUAGAAUUUCAUAUGAAGAUGCUGUCAUGAGUGUUUCUAGGGCAGUGCCCAGGCACACGUGGCACCUGCUUAACUGUGCUUCUCUCAGCCAUGUGCAUAGCCUUUCUGUAUAUUUACACACUGCUGAGCUGUGUUUAUUUGGAAAUUUUUAAAUUUAUUUGGUGCUUUAUCAUCAAACCAAUCCCUGAGUGGCCAUGAAUGGAGGCAUCUCCCUUCAUCAGAAGUGUCAGCUCACACCGAGAGGCUCAUUCUUCUCCAUAGCUUUAAGGGAAAGGCCCUGUGAGUUUAGAAGCAUUCGCCAACGUCUGUCACCUGCAGUCACCUUUGAUCCCCCUUUCCUCCCAGGUGAGAAGAAAGUGCUUCGUGUGCCAUCUGCUGGACAAAGGAGGAACAGUUCUUUUUUCUGCUCCAGUCUCUCUGGGCAGUUUCUGUUUUCAUUUUCACUUGAGCCAUGGCAGAAGACCAGCCGGUGUGCAGCUUGCAGAUCCUACUUCACCUAUGAUGCCCAGUUCCAUCCUCACUGUGUCCCGCGUUGCCUUCUCCAUGUUGGAGACCGGGGAGAGUCUGUGGGCUAUGGUGCUGCGGUGGACAGGGGUUCUGUGGGCUCCCCUCCCACUCUCCUUUCCCCAGUCCAUGAGUCAUCAGCCACGCCUAGUCACUUAGACAAUGCUUGGACAUCUGUGAGCAGCAAAGACCUGGGCCCAGGGGCCCCUGCAUGACUCCCACAUGAGAGCCUCUGAGGCUUCUGUUGCAGGGUCCGUGGGAAAGGCAGAAGGAGCUGUGAACAGCUGUGGGCAUGAAGAUUUCUGUUAGCAGAUGGCAGGGACUGGUUAGUGCUUUGGGUGUAUCAGUAGUUCGGUCUCAAACUUGGACAUUUCCAGUUUCUGGUAGGCAUGAGUAUCCCCAGAGGGUUGCAGAAAUCUUUUCCAGAGGGAGUGGUGGAUGAAGUGUGCUCAUUCUUAUAUGUACCCCCUCCCAGCCCACCCCUGUUUGUAAUGGAGAAUAUUGGUCAUAGGUCCUAAAUAAUUGCUAAAAUCUGGACUAUAUUUUUAGCUUUCCAUUUCCUUGUCACCAAAGCAGUAAAAAAGAGGUGAUGGUCUCUUGCUCUAAGUCACAUAUCUUCCCUGGUUUAAGGUUACAGCGAGCCAUGAUUGUGCCACUGCCCUCUAUUCUGGGUGACAAAAUGAGAACCCAUCUCUAAAAAACAAAUUACAGGUUAGUUAUGAAAGAAAAUGUUCAUGUGCACUCAUUCAUAGAGGGGACACUGAGUGGGUCAGUGGGUGACAUCUUCAGCACAGCAGGCUUGGAAUGAUGAUUGAUUAAGGCCUCCCUCAGGGGAUGGUGAGAUGGUUAUGAUAAGGCACAUUUCAAGGGAAAGGUUCUGGGGCCAAGGCAAAUGGUCUGUAACUGUGGUUCUUUGAAGUCUGACUUACUCCAGACUUCAGUUGUUGGGAUGACAUCGGACUGUCUAGGAAGGGCUGAGCCAUGUGCCCUUUAAGUGAUCACCUCUUAGUGUGAUUUCACUCAGCUGGAGGUGAGUGUAAGAAGUUCCUGGUUAUACCCCUUGGCAUGGCCUGAAGUAGGCAUUCCACACUCAUGUGAAGUGUGCUGUGUACACCUGCAGAAUGAAAAUGCCCCAGACUGGCCCAAGAGAUGGGCAGCCUUCCUCAACAGAAACUUGGCAAGGCAAUGAGAAGUGGACACGGGAACACUGAACUUUCUGGAGGCUAUGAAACCUCAAGGGAACAAAUUCAGUGGCGGAGAGGGAUAAUCAGUUCUUCCCAUCUGAGAAAAGACUGCAGCAAAAGCAAACUGUAUGCUGAGGUCAUUUUAUUUGCUACAUUGGGCAUCAUUCUAAAGACCAUUCUUUGCCUGAAUGUAUAUAAAUGACAGUUGACAGCAGUAAAAAUAGGGCCGUUUCACUGGAGUCAGCCACACCAGUGGCUCUCAAACCUCGGCAAACCCUCAGAACUCCCCAAGGACGUGUUUCCAAUGCAGCAUCACAGCCCCCAGAGACUCUGACCCUCAGGGCCCGGCUGGUUCUGAUUCAGUGGCCAGAGAACCACAUGUGCACACUCAGGCCACACACACAGCCUGGGCUGGCUUGUGUCGGGCCUGUCCUGGUCAUGACUGUGAGGGUAAGAUAAUGUGUAUUCCAGCACUUGUGUUAUUUCCUUCUCUUUUAGUGUGAGACGCGGCCAAGUGGUCAAUAGCUUUCAAUUUUGUGUGACCAGAUUUUGUGCUUCAUUUCCUUCUGGGCAUUUUCAUUGUUGAUGAAAUAAACUUUGUUCAAUUUGU